GCGAAUGCGGAUAUCACGCAGCAUGUAGCACUGUUCAAAGGCGCGAGUGAGAAGUGGCAUUGGCUGACUCAGCGUCUGGUGCAGUUUACGUCCGAGGGCAGUGUGUUGGUGUUUGUGGGCAAGCGAGACAAUUGUGCUCAGCUGGGUGAGAAUCUGCUGGCCAAAGACUUUGCAG